CCCAAUUUGCACGACUGACACGAUGGAGCAGCGCAAGUGGCACAUGCAGCUUAAUGAGGGACGCGAGAGCGACCUGCCGCACAGACUCGAACCCGUGGGUUUCGUUAAAGGUGUAUCUGCCGACAAGGACUCGAAUGGAGCAGUCGCCAAGACUGCCACUAACACGUCAGAGCUCAAAAAGAAGCGCGCCAUGGAGAUCGGCAUGGCUCCAUUCAAGAGCUUGCUCCAAACUGCCUUCAUGAUGUGGAUGAGUGGCAACUCCAUCAAUAUCUUCAGCAUCAUGAUCACCGGCAUGAUCGUCAUGAACACUGCUAAGUCUCUUUUCAACAUGAACAACGCCUUCGCGUCCGUGAGCGAUGGUGUGGUCGACCUUACGCAGCCCAAGGCUGUCUACAUGGCUGGUAGUUUGGUUGGCGCGGCUAUGGGCGUGUACAAGUGUUCCAACAUGGGGUUACUCCCCACGACGAGCGCCGACUGGACGUGGCUGCUGCCGAUUAAGCAAGCAGUGGAGACAUCGUCGUUCGCCCACAGCCUCGGACAGUAGCAGCAAUGGCAACUUUGUGGAGCUAACUGCAAGUACAUGUAGUGAACGGACUCACAAUGUAGUAAGUUAGCAUAACUCAUUUAGCUAUUCAAUUAGUACACGUAACUGCAGUAGAGGAAAGCCAACUAACCCGCCGACAGACGACAAAAAUCGGCGUGCUCGCAUAUCCCCAUAAAAAAAAUCACUACAAAGCUGGCUGCGGCUAAUACUCGUCACUUCGACCACGACGCAGCCAGCUGCUUUGAUGAGUUCCAGUCACUGCUGCUCAUGUGCUUCUGCAAAAUUGAUAUCCUCUCGAAAUGUAGAGGUCUACGAAACAUUGCGUCCACUUGUCUGCGGUGGACAACGAUACUCCUCGGGGAGCAGCGACCGCUGCAACGCGUUGAAGGCGAACACACGUCGCCCCGUGUUCUUGAGGGCGUUCUCAAUCCGGACGCCUUCGGAGCGCAUGACAGACACAAUCCCUGCCUUCUUCUGCUCG